UAAUCCCCCUCAGAGCCCGAUCCUAGGCUCUCAGCUCUAAGAGUGGGGGUGCAUAAGCAGCUUUAUGGGUCCUGAAAGCCAAGGGUGCCCAGGGGUGCGGUGUCUCUGAGCCCUGUUAUCCCUCCCCCAUGACCACAGAGCAGGCAAGGGGGCAGCAGGGCCCAAAUCUGGCCAUUGGCCGUCAGAAGCCCCCUGCGGGGGUUGUGACUCCCAAGAGUGAUGCAGAGGAGCCCCCGUUGACCAGGAAGAGGAGCAAGAAGGAGAGGGGGCUCCGAGGGUCUCGAAAGCGCACUGGCAGCUCUGGGGAGCAGACAGGCCCCGAGGCCCCGGGGAGCAGCAAUAACCCUCCCAGCACUGGAGAGGGGCCGGCGGGCGCACCCCCUGCAUCCCCUGGGCCGGCCCCUUCUCGCCAGUCCCACCGACAUCGUCCUGACUCCCGGCACGACGCUGCUCAGAGGACAUACGGGCCCCUGCUCAAUCGAGUCUUCGGGAAGGACCGCGAGCUGGGCCCCGAGGAGCUAGACGAGCUUCAGGCCGCCUUCGAGGAGUUUGACACUGACCGUGACGGCUACAUCAGCCACCGGGAGCUGGGUGACUGCAUGCGGACCCUGGGCUACAUGCCCACCGAGAUGGAGCUCCUGGAGGUCUCGCAGCACAUCAAGAUGCGCAUGGGCGGCCGUGUGGACUUUGAGGAGUUUGUAGAACUGAUAGGCCCAAAGCUGAGGGAGGAGACGGCACACAUGCUGGGGGUGCGAGAGCUGCGCAUCGCCUUCCGAGAGUUUGACAGGGACAGGGAUGGACGAAUUACGGUGGCGGAGCUGCGGGAGGCGGUACCGGCUCUGCUCGGGGAGCCGCUGGCGGGUCCUGAGCUGGACGAGAUGCUCCGAGAAGUGGACCUCAAUGGGGAUGGCACCGUAGACUUUGACGAGUUUGUGAUGAUGCUCUCCCGCCACUGAGGCUCCAGGAGGGAAUAUCUGUUGCCCCCGUGGCCCCAGACACCAGCCGGACCCAGGCUGCAGGCCUCCCCCAGGAGCCUCCAGGAUGGAGAUGGAGACCCAGCAGCCCCCAGACUACUUCUAUCCCUGAAAACACCUGGCCGCGAUGUUGGCUUGUUAUGUUACCUGCCCACCCUCAUCCUUACCUCCUCCUACUCAAGCUGCCUGGAGAAGACCUGCUCUCAGCUGCCCACCGUUCCUCAGUGUGAGCAAGAUUUGGGUCUCUCCAGACCUCUGGGAGGUAGGGAGUUCCCUGGCACUGGCAGCAUUCAGUGGGGACCCCCCAGUGGCAUGAUGAAUGGAGAGGAUGGCUGGACCCCUUCCACUACUUAUGUUUAUAAUUUUUUUUUUUUUAAUGAACUUGAGCCGGGUGCAGUGGCUCACACCUGUAAGCCCAGCUGUCAGGGGGCAGAAGCGGGAGGAUAGCUUGAGCCCAGGAGUGCAAGACCUGCCUGGGCAAUAUAUUGAGACCCCAUUCUCCACAAAAAGGAAAAAUAAAAGACAAAAAAAAACAAACAAAAAACCAAAAAACCCAAGUGUAAAAAAAGUGAGCUUGAAAGAAAGAAAGGGAUGGCUCCAUGUAUCAAAGACAAAGAAAUCAAAGCUGGGGUUGUAAGAGGGAGCUGACCCUGUGGGGGUUUCAGAUCUGGAUGGAGGCUUGGCCGCCUGGACUCCUACACCCAUGAGUGACAGAAGAACCAUAUGAGUCUGGGGAGCAAGAAACAAACCCCCCGGAUAUAUUCCAGGGUCUCCAAAGGCUAAGAUAUUAAUCUGUCUGCACUGACCAGUCAGAAAGUGGCAAGGAUACAGAUGUUCAGGGCCCAGAGUGGAAACAGCUGCCCUAAAGAGCCUGGAACUCCAGGGCCUGCCCUUCAAGCAGGCGUGUGUAGUCUCUCUCCAGGGUGUGAAAAACUGGAAAAAAACCCUGCCGCUCCCAAAGGGGAACUUGUGAUAAAAAUUACAGAUUAUUGGGCUGGGAGUGGUGGCUCACGCCUGUAAUCCCAGCACUUUGGGAGGCUGAGGUGGGUGAAUUACCUGAGGUCAGGAGUUUGAGGCCAGCCUGACCAACAUGGUGAAACCCCAUCUCUACUAAAAAUACAAAAAUUAACUGGGCGAGGUAGCACGCACCUGUAAUCUCAGCUACUCGGAGGUUGAGGCAGGAGAAUCGCUUGAGCCCGGGAGGUGGAGCUGCAGUGAGCUGAGAUCACACCAUUGCACCCCAGCCUGAGCAACAGAUCGAGACUCCGUCUCAAAAACAAAACAAAAAAACCGUACCGAUUAUAAAACUAAAGAAACCACCAUGAAGGAGACGAGACAGAGACAAAAACAAGAGGACUGGCAUCUCAGUGUACAUAAUACAGCCGCCUAAGAGACCACAAGAUACAUGCAAAUAAAAGACGGCUAAAAGGGGAAGAGAGAUCAUGCAGUAACAGGAUAGUAUGAAGAGAGAACCGGAAGAUUUAAAAAGUAACCCAACAGGCCAGGCGCAUGGCUCACGCCUGGAAUCCCAGCACUUUGGGAGGCCAAGGUGGGUGGGUUGCUUGAGCUCAGGAAUUCAAGACCAGCCUGGGCAACAUGGUGAAACCCUGUCUCUACUAAAAAUACAAAAAUUAGCCAGGCGUGGUGGUGCUUGCAUCUGUGGUCCCAGGUAUUCUGCAGGCUGAGGUGGGAGGAUCACUUGAGCCCAGGAGGCAGAGGUUGCAGUGAGUCGAGAUUGCACCACUGCACUCCAGCGUGGGUAACAGAGUGAGAAUCCGUCAAAAAGAAAAAAACAAACCAUGGCUUCUGUUAAAAAAAAAAAGUAUAUUUUAUAUAUAUACACACACACACACACACACACACACAGCCAUCGGAAUGAAAAAAUAAUGGAUAAGCUAAACAGCAGAUUAAACACAAUUUAAAGAUUAAUGAACUGGAAGCUAUAUCUAAGAAAUCACUUAUAAUGUAACACUGAGAGACAAAAGGAUGGAAAAUAUUACAGGGUAGUUAAAAGUCACUGGAAGGCUGGGUGUGGUGGCUCACGCCUGUAAUCCCAGCACUUUGGGAGGCUGAGACGGGCGGGUCACAGGGUCAGGAGAUGGAGACCAUCCUGGCUAACACGGUGAAACCCCAUCUCUACUAAAAAUUCAAAAAAAAAUUAGCUGGGCGUGGUGGCGGGCGCCCGUAGUCCCAGCUACUAGGGAGGCUGAGGCAAGAGAAUGGCGUGAACCCGGGAGGCGGAGCUUGCAGUGAGCCGAGAUUGCACCACUGCACUCCAGCCUGGGCUACAGAGCGAGACUCCGUCUUGAAAAAAAAAAAAAAAAAAAAAAAGGUCACUGGAAGACUGAGUGUGGUGGCUUAUGCCUGUAAUCCCAGCAUUUUGGGAGGCUAAGGCAGGAGGAUCACUUGAGGCCAGGAGUUUGAGAUCAGCCUAACAGCAAGACCCUGCCUCUUAAAAAAAAUAAUAAAAAAAUAAGCUGGGUGUAGUGGCUCAUGCUUGUAGUUCCAGCUAUUCAGGAGGCUGAGGUGAGAGGAUCAUUUGAGCCCAGGAGUUGGAGGCUGCAGUGAUUGUGCCACUGCACUCCAGCCUUGGUGACAGACCAAGAGACCCUGUCUCAAAGAAAAAGACAGAUAAGUCCUUGGGAGUCUCAGACAGAGGACAUACAUAGAGAAUGAACAAGAAGCAAUAACCAAAGAGAUAAUGGCUGAAAAUUUUCCAUAAAGACUUCCACAGACUUCAACUCCUCAGAUUGAAGGAACAAACUGAAGUCAGAGUAGGGUAAAUAAAAAUAAAUAUAUAUCUGGAUAUAUCCCAUUGAAACCACAGAAUAUAAAAAGCAAAUCUUAUAAAUAACUGGAGAGAAAAGUCAGAUUCACGGUGUUCUGUCAAAGUAUUCAUGUAGACUAAGGGUGGGGAAACUUUCUGUAAAGGGCUGGAGAAUAAUUAUUUUCAGCUUUGAGGCUUUGGUCUCUGUUGCAGCUGCUCACGCAACUCUGCUGUUGAAGUUUGUAGUGCAAAGUCAAGUCAACAAAUGAGUGUGGCUAUAUCAGAAAUUUUAAUAAAUAACAGUAAAACUUCA